AUGCUGAAUUCCCCAGAAACGCACCUCCACCUUCUCAUGUUCAGCAUAAUGCGCUCUUCGAUGUCGCUUGGAAAAUUCUUCCUAACCUCACUCAUCUUGCUGCUAAACCACAGGAUCACUGCAAGUAGUGCUCUGCCGCUAGGUUACGAUGGAGACGAGAGAGAGGCUCUUUAUGUUCUGAGAGCUGCUUUCAACAACUCUCUCUUGAACAGUAACUGGAGGGGCAUACAUUGCUAUAUGGACGACCCGCCGAGAUGGUACGGAAUUCAGUGCAACAAUGGCCGUGUCACAGUUAUAGCACUGGAAGGUAUGGGGCUGAAGGGGGUAGUCAAUUCCGAUGCCCUCAUUCACUUCUCCGAGCUGUCCAUCCUGAGCUUCAAGAACAAUGCACUUUUGGGCAAUAUAAUGAAUUUUUCAGGAAAUCAGAAGUUGGCCCAAAUCGACCUCUCGGGGAACAAGUUCCAUGGUCCAAUCUCGGAGUCGCUCCUGAGUCUAGCUUUACUAGCAUCAUUGAAGCUCCAGAACAACAACUUGUCAGGGAAAAUACCGGAGUUCAAUCAACCUACCUUGAUCUACUUUAAUGUGUCAAACAACAAUCUAGGUGGGCAAAUCCCAUUGACGCAAGUUGUUCAAUCAUUCAGCUUGGAUUCAUUCUCGGGCAACCUGGGACUAUGCGGAUCGCCCACACAUAAUUCCUGUAAUAACUCCAGCGUCCACGACUCGGUGAGCGAUGGCCCAUCAUCUUCCAAUCCUUCUGGAACUGCAGAUAAUGAUACUAAAAAAAGCAAACAGUCUUCCAUUUCUGGCUAUGCUUUUCUUUUUCUGCUGUUCGCCGUGGUGGCUCUACUUGCUGUGAUCUUGCUGUUAAUCUUGUACAACAAGAAGGCCAAGGAGCUCAAAAAUAUUGUGACCCAACAGAAUCGGCGAGCUGUAGAAGCAGAGGACAAGAAAGAAGACAAAAGCGAGGCGGUCGAGAGCGGUACAGUUGUUGAGAGAGGAGAAGAUAGAGGGAAGCUUAUAUUCUUGGAAAACGGUGGAGGGUUUGAAUUGAGUGAUCUUUUGAAAGCAUCUGCCGAGGGACUUGGGAAAGGCAUCUUCGGCAACACUUACAAGGCAAUCUUGGAUAACGGGAAGGCCCUUGUGGUGAAGAGAAUGAGGGAUCUGAAGCCGAUGACCAGCGAGGAGUUCACGAGGCAAUUGCAGUUGCUCGCCAAUCAGAAGCACCCAAAUCUGAUUCCUCCUCUUGCCUACUUCUUCUCUAAGCAAGAGAAGCUGUUGAUCUACAGAUAUGCAGAGAAAGGCAACUUGUUCAACCGCAUUCAUGGUGGAAGGGGAAGCAAAGAACGGGUCCCAUUCAGGUGGAACUCCAGACUAUCAGCUGCUCGAGGUGUGGCUCGAGCCCUACAGCACCUGCACGCCAACUCAAGAACAAAUAACAUCAUUCCCCAUGGGAACCUCAAAUCGACCAAUGUCCUCCUCAAUCAAAACAACAUUAUCCUUGUCUCUGACUACGGCCUCUCUUCUCUCAUCGCGCUCCCCAUCGCCGCGCAAUCCAUGGUCUGCUUCAAAUCCCCUGAAUACCAAACUACACGACGGAUCUACCCGAACACUGACGUCUGGAGCUACGGUUGCAUGCUUAUCGAACUACUCAGUGGCCGAGUCUGCGCCAAUGCAGCCCCACCAGGAGUCAAAGGCGUGGAUCUCUGCAGCUGGGUCCACCGGGCAGUGAGAGAGGAAUGGACUGCUGAGAUCUUUGACUCUGAGAUAUCAGUGCAGAGAAGUGCUGCCCACGGGAUGCUCCAGUUGCUGCAGAUUGCAAUCCGGUGUUGUGACAAGUCGCCAGAUAAGCGCCCUGAGAUGGCGGAGAUUGCACAGGAGAUUGAGAAAAUGAAGGCGGCUGUUGAUUCCGAGGACGAGGAGGACGUGUCGGUCGAGCGGUCCCUCACUGAUGAGUCUUUCGCAACCACAUCGUCCAUUGCUGCAGCUGAUGACAGAUGA